ACGUCGUUAGGCUCGGGGUUUGGUGAAAAGUUUUUGCCGUGGGGAAAACUGAAGAGGAACUCCGCCAUCUCUUUCUUGGUUCUGUGUUCCCCCGCGAAUUUGGAAAAAGCGCCAUCUCUGUCCGUCUUUGUCGCUUCCUUCCUUCCUCGCUUCAAUCUUCUCAAGGCGUUGAUCCCUCCAAAGCUUUUAGAUCAAGAUCACUCUCAAAUCCCCCACAAACCCAUCUGAUAUCCAUGAAAGGAAAAAAAAAAAACCUGCUUUAUGUGUUUUCAGUGAAGUAAGCUUUGUGGAAAUUUAUAAAAUGACCCAAUUGAAUGAUGAUUAUAAGGUUGAUGAUGGAAUUACGUCCCAGAAUGGUUGCGAAUGCUUUCCGCCAUCCUGUUGGGGUAAUUCAGCUCCAUGGUUCUGUUGGUGACACCGGUUCUAUGAGCAAAUGUAGGCAGAUGUCUUUCAGAUUUGUCUCCAAAAAUUUUGCGGUUGAUGUGGGUUUGCUUAGAAAAGGACAAUGUGGUUCUAGACAGUGUAAACUGCAAGUAAUUCGUGCAUCUUCUUCUCAGACUUCAACAACUGAUCCAAUUUUAUCUACCUCGAAAGCUGAAAGUGCUUUAAUACUAAUUCGUCAUGGUGAAUCUUUGUGGAAUGAGAAGAACUUGUUCACCGGUUGUGUUGAUGUGCCUUUAACCAAGAGAGGUGUAGAUGAGGCAAUAGAAGCCGGUAAGAGAAUUAGCAACAUCCCUAUAGAUAUGAUUUUCACAUCUUCGCUGAUUCGUGCACAGAUGACAGCUAUGCUUGCCAUGACCCAACACCGCCGAAAGAAGGUACCAAUCAUUACGCAUAACGAGAGUAGACAGGCGAAAACAUGGAGUCAAAUUUACAGUGGAGAUACUAAGAAGCAAUCGAUUCCAGUUGUAACUGCUUGGCAAUUGAACGAAAGAAUGUAUGGUGAAUUACAGGGUCUUAAUAAGCUAGAGACAGCUGAAAGAUAUGGAAAGGAGCAAGUGCAUGAGUGGCGUCGGAGUUAUGAUAUUCCUCCCCCAAGCGGCGAGAGCUUGGAAAUGUGUUCACAAAGAGCUGUAGCCUACUUUAAAGAACAUAUUGAACCAAAACUACAAUCUGGAAAGAACGUGCUGGUUGCUGCCCAUGGGAAUUCGUUAAGGUCUAUAAUCAUGUAUCUUGAGAGAUUAACUUCACAGGAGGUUAUUAGCUUAGAGUUAUCAACCGGUGUACCACUGCUUUAUAUUCAUAAGGAGGAAAAGUUUAUGAGGAGGGGAAGUCCAGUUGGACCUACAGAACCUGGUGUUUAUGCUUAUACUAAGAGUUUAGCUCUCUACAGGCAAGAAUUGGAUAAAAAGUCACAUUGAACUAUAUAAAAGCAGGGGACAACCUAUUUUUACUUGGGGGCUUUUUCUGUUUAUGAAACAAUUGAAGGACAUAUGCCUGGAAUUCUGCAGCAUAUGAAUACAGCUCUGUGCCGUACAAAUUUUUGUUUUUCAAUUUGCAUAUCAGAAGUCACUAAUUAAAACAAGGCAUUGAAUUUCUGUAGUUUCAGUACAUUCCUGACGUCAAAAGAUAUUGGAAAAACAAGAAAAGUCACAUCAUACUUAACAAUGUUGAAACUUGUAUUGUAUGUUAGAGUGUGGGCAUGUGGAAGGAUUACAAAGGGCAUGGCCAUGAUUUUGCUGCUAUUUCUGAAACUUUAGUUAGAUAGUUAGGCGAUGGUUGACAAUUGAGACAGAUGUAUUCGAACUGCCUCUUGUGUUUGAUUUCCAAAAGUCAGAAAGGAGCUACUUUUUCUUC